AUGGCUUCAGCAACGGGUAUUCCUGAGCGCAAUCCCGCCCUUGAAGAGGAGGAGCCGCUCCUGGGAAGGCCAGGAGACGUCACACAACGGCCAGGACAGGGAAUGCAGUUCAAUUUUGUGACGGGAACAGCUAUUCUCGCCCAAGUAGGCAUCGUGAUCCUGACAGCUCUGGUCUGGGCUGCAGUGUUCAAGACCGGGUUCAUAUUCUUCUCCUACCAUCCUUUGCUCAACUCCCUGGCCAUCCUCCUCCUCGUUCAAGGUGUGCUCGUCCUCCAACCCACGGCGGCUCAAAAGGACAAAAUUACAGGCACAUAUGUGCACUCGGCGAUCAAUACGUCGGCCGUUGCAUUGCUCAUAGCCGGCUUGGUUAUUAUCGAGAUAAACAAAGCUUCACACCCUGAGACCCGGUUCCAAAGUGUGCAUGGGAAAAUGGCACUGGUGGCCUACAUACUCAUCUUCCUGCAAUGGCUGAUCGGGGCCGCUGCGUUUUACUUGCCUGAGACGAUAUUUGGCACUGUUGAUCGAGCCAAGUCACUGUACAAAUACCACAGAAUUUCGGGAUACGUUCUCGCCGUCUAUUUUCUGGCUGUCAUUGCCGCAGCCACUCAGACAUACUAUAACCAGGCAUUCCUGCACAUCAAGCUGUGGGCCGUCAUUGUGGCAAGCGUUCUGGUACUCGUGGGCAUCAUACCGCGCAUCAAAAAGCACAAGCUUGGACUGUGA